CCUUGAGUCACCAUAACACGAUAAUACCACCGCUAAUCAUGAAAUGGUUUGAAAUAAGUCUCAAGGAUGCUGUUAAUACAUCAGAGUGGCUGGCUUUGGUUAAAGAAAUUAAGGACUUUAUAUAUGCUGACGGUACAGCAACGAACAUUCAUGGAAUGUCAGAAAAUGAAUUGAGUUUACUGAUAGAACGGAUAACGAAACACAUAAACUCAGGUAGCACCUAUCAAGCAAUGUCGGCCAGAUUAAAUCAAUUACUCAACUACAAUCUUCAUCAUUCGAUGGAGAAUCGUAUAUCAUUGAAACAGUCAACUGCUUACUUGCACAACAAGUUUCAUCAAGAGAAUCCAUUGAAUCAUCAAUUAUGGGAUCAAGAAAUUUAUACUCGUAGUUUACAGUCGGAUUCGUCGACAAUCUAUCUAAGUAAAUCAGAUUAUAUGACAGCGGAAGUGAAUGAGGCACUUAUUCAUCUACUUGGAAAUCAUACAGAAUUAGUCAACAGAAUUUCUUCACGUUUUCUAAAUCAAUCUUUUCAAAAUUCAAACUUUCGUCGAAGAAUAUGGAGUAUUGUAUUAAUAUCUAGAUGUAAAUCUAAAAGAAAUGCAUUAAAACAAAUGAUUCAAAGUUUUAUACCCGAUCGAGAUGAACACAACAAGCUGGGAUGCAGUAAUUUUCUAGAAUCUUCUCCAUCAAUGUCUUCAUUGAAAGAUUCUGUAGGUUGUUUAUAUGCAAUGAAUUAUUUACUGAAAUUUUAUCAAGCAUCAUUGAACACAAGUGAUAAUUUGAAACCUUAUUGUGUGAAACUUGUUGCUGUAUUGGUCUUAGCAAUGAAAGAUCAUUUACCAAGAAAUCAACCUCCAAAUACAGAAACUAUUUGUCUGUUAGUGCAAGAGCUCUUCGUAUUUCUUUCGAUAACACCGUCUUUUAUAACACAUUUACCACCGAUAUGGUUUACUCGUUAUUCUCUUUAUAAAAUGGAAGAUGAAAAAAAUAAUGAAAUCUUCAGUAAUCUAUCCGAAAACAAAGAUAUUAAGAAAAUAGCCUUCAGUCAAAGCGUCUUAAAACAUUUACGUACUAUUGACUCAAAUAUCGCUGAUUCCGUUAUGAAUGAAUUACUACUUAUAGAAAAUAUUGGCCCUAUUUCCGAGUUAUGCAGUGAAGAUGAGAUAUACUCAGAACUGUUUUAUGAAUUUAUACAGCCAGUUACUGAAUCUAUAUUUAGUGGUUAUUUAUCUGAAUCAACGUUAUUAUACGUAUGGGAUCAGUUGAUUUUAUGUAUUGCUGGAGCUGAACCUGUUGAAACUAGUGUGACACAUACACUGAGUUGCUUUGUUUCUGCCUUUGUAUAUCUCUGUUGGAUAAGAAUACAUAAAAAAGAGGAAUCAAGUUCAGAUCAACUGCAAUUGCACAAAGAACAAACAAAUAAAGGCAUAGAGACGAAGGGAAUUUCUGCACUUCACGAAUAUUUUUCUAUGAUUGGCCCGAGACUGCAUGAAAAUGAUUUUCAAUUCUUGAUAAAGAAAUAUUUUCUAAUGGAUAUAUUCUGUUUGUUAACUGGUACAACAAAUUUUAAUAUGCAAACGUCUCUACUAUCAUAUGAAGAUCCGUUGAAAUGGAAAGAAUGGUCAAUACUGUCACAAAGGUCAUAUUUAACAGAUCCUAGUAAACGGACAGAACAAAGAUUGCUAAGAUUUAAAGAAUUAGAAAAAUUACAUACAACUGAGAACGACUUACAGAAUUUACAGCGCCAAUUAGAAGAUUAUAAAAUAAAAUUAAAAGAGGCAACUGAUGAAAUUUCCUACUGUAAACGUAUGCUAAAUUUAAGUGAAAGAAGACAUAGUUACCUGCCAAAUAUGCUCCAACAGUUUGGAGAUCAGAAAUCCAAUUUACCCAAAAAGAAAUUCGCCACACAUGCACGUGCAAUAACACUGUUUAAAAAUGUAGCCAAUAAUAAUAAUAAUAAUAGGGAUAAUUCAAAACCAUUAAAACAAUCACAAUUUACAGAAACAGAAGACAACCAUAAAACUGUUUAAUACUGACAGCUUCUCGUAUUAUUUCAUGUUAUCUUUUAUAUUUUAGAAACAGGAAGUUAAAAUAAAUAAAUAAAAUAAAAGUUAACAG